AUGAAAGUGUCUUCUCAACCAGUUAAGACAAAGGAUACUCCGAAGAAAUUGAAGCCUACACCGGAUGAAAACUCGACUACACGUGCGCCUUCGUAUUAUGAGCAUGUCGAUAAACUUUUUCCCGACUCACUGACUCCUAAAUCUCAAAAAUCUCAAAAAAGUUCAAAUAAAGGAGCUCUCAUAAGCAACCCGCCUCUGACACCUAUCCCACUAAAAAUUCCAAUCAUCGAAGAGAUGCCUAUUUCACCGAAAAUUCCAUUCAUCGAAGAAAUUCCAGUUUUUAUGCACCCUUACAUUAAGCGGAUCGUAGAUGUUGCAGGAGACAGUAAUUGCGGUUACCGAGCCGUCUCGGCGUUGCUUGGUAAUAGAGAGGGUAGCCAUACGCUUGUCUGUCAUCAACUCAUCCAAGAGUUGAAGAAACAUAAAGACUCGUACACGCGAUCAUAUGGAGAGGAAGCUAAAUUUGAAGCGGUUAACGAAGCUCUUGUCCUAUGGAUGGGCGCUUACGCACCGAUGUCAAAAAUGGAUGAAAUUCCCAAAAAUGAGACAUAUUAUUGCAUGCGCCUAUGA